AUGCAAGAGAAAUGCAAGUUUCAUUUCAUUAUUGUGAUAAUUUCUUAUGUCAACGAGUUUAGUAAAUAUUUGCGACUUGACCCAUUUCCCUCCAAAUCAAAUAAAUCGAUGGAGAAGAAAAGAAUUUCCGUUUAUUUUGUUGCAUAUGUGAUUGGAACAAAGACGAAGACAAAAGCAGAUUCGAAAUGUGAUAUGUGCAUGAAAGAGAAACGAAAGAAGAUAUCAAUGCCCGAACAUGAAGCUAUGGAUCUGCAUAAAUAUCUCACGAGAGAUCUUAUCGGAAGAUUUAUAUUGUUGACUGCAGAAUAUAAGCAGACAAAAAGAAUCUCAAGAUAA